AUCAAAUUUCAUUCCUUCUUCUUCAUAAACGCUGCUAUUGCCGGAGGAAAAUCUAAGAGCAAAGCCUCCAAGAAGAAGACCAACCUCGAAGCUAUGACCUCUGCGCCCCAGCCGUUUCCCUAUCUAGACGGCUCAUUUCUUGAGUUCGGGUCGGAGGAAGAACUCACACGCUUCCUAACUCACUUCGCCAAGCGCCCGAUCUCUCCGCCUCGCGUGCUCCCAGAGUUGUUUCCCCAAGACAAAGGGUACCACGACCUCGAAAACCAACUCCAAGCGUCGGGUUUGUGGCCAUUUGUCUCCAAGAGCCGCUCGAGCUUCAAUCCCGCCUUCGUUCGGGCCUUCUACUCCAAUCUCCGCCGUGACGGGGACACCAUACGCAGCAGCAUCAAUCUCUAUGACAUAGAGAUUGAUUUGCCUACCUUUGCUCGGGUCGCAGGGCUGCCCAUCCGCAGUGACGACAUCACGACUUAUGGUGGCGACGAUUGGAUCCUCAACAAUGAGGCGAUCGUCAUUCGUGAGCUUGGGAUCACCAACUUGAUCCGACACAGCGGCGCGCCGACGAUUCACUCGGCCCCACCGGACAAGCGCCUCCUCCUCUACAUCAUCACCCGGAUUCUCCGCCCCCGGGACAGCAGCCAUACCUCGCUCUUCAACGAGGACUUGAAGGCGAUUCAUGCCAUCAUCCACGGCGCCUCCAUCAAUUGGGUGAAAUUCAUGAUGAUCCACAUGGCGGAUUGUGCCUCCAUCGCCACUGAGCGGAGCUUGCCAUACGCCUUCCUCGUCAUGGACCUCAUCAUCUCCGCCGACAUCUCCAUCGCUGGUCCGGAUACGAAGAUGACAAAGAUUUGGAUCAUUCAAGACAGCACCUUCCGGAAGAAGGCCUCUUUGCAAUCCAUAGCCGAUACUCUGAAUCGGCUAACCCUCAUAGUGGAUGGCAUGGGGCAGUCAAUUGAGCAGAUGGACUGGACAUUGCAACGCCAACACCAUGACAUGACGGCGUUCUUCCGCGGCAUCAACUACGUCCUGCCGCCCUUUGACACCACCUUCCUUGGUCAAAACUAUGAAGGCGAGGACGAGGAGGAUAACUCCUAUGCUCCGUCCUCCUCCCCCGACGAAGCCGACUUUGAAGAUGCGGUCGACGGCGAUCCCAUGGACGUCGAGGACGACGAGGAUGCCGAUGCUUAGACUAUUCUUUUCUCUUCUUACUAUGAUUGUAUUUUUAUUUCCAUUCCGUUGUAUUCCGCAUUUCCCUUUUUUAAUAAAAGUUUACUUUUAAAAUUCUAAAGUUUACUUUUAAUUCUUUUUGUUAAUGUCAAAAGGGGGAAGAUAUUAAGGUUAUGCAUAAAUUGAAGGGGAAUUU